UAACUAAAUGACCAGCAAGAGCAAUGCCAGUCACAAGUGGUUCACACAAUUAUUGUUACUAGGGUGUGUGUGUGUGUGUGUCUGUGUGUGUGAAUGUAUGUGUAUGCGUGUGUGUGUGAAAAUGAGGACCACACAGAGGACGAUUUGCUAAUUCUAAUAUGUUUAUAUUUCUGCUACCUUCCCUGCCCCGGCCUGGCCCUACUGCCACCCCCACAGAUCCCAACGCCCCGCUGCCGUCCACGGAGGCGCCCUUCACCUUCCCGGACGCCGACGUCCUCACUCAGGCCUAUGUCAACACCACCAACUUCCACGUGGGGGAGAUGGCGGCCCUGAUGACCAGCGUCAGCGGCGCCGAGAACAACUUCGAGCGCGUCUCUGGACCCUUCAGCUUUGCCUACGGCGUCAGGUUGAACGCCAAUAAUAAACAGUGCCUGUCUAUGGUGAACUUCGUGAGCAACACCUCCUGCAUAUACGACCCCAGCAAGUGCACGCAAGGCCUCAGCUUCAGCAUCUGGGAGAGGAAAAACUUUUCUCUACAAGAGUUCCUGGGCGCCCGCAACUACUUGUCGUACCCCAUGCAGUACCUCCUGUCCACCGGUGGGGACACCGACGGGCACCCUGGCGUGGCACUCUACAACCAGGGCCUCUUCCUUGUGGCACUGGUGUCAACCGGCAACAUGUACUGGAAGGAGAAGGUGGUGGGGUCAGUGGGCAACUUCACCUGGACCAACAUUGGCAUACGAUGGGAUCCCACUAACGGUAUCGAGGGCUUCAUCAACGACAGAAGUGUGUUCUUCAAGAAGACUGGCGUGGCCAGCACCGGACAGACGACCCUCAAUCCUCCAGAAGUGAUGAUCGGGUGCCACAAGGAUGCCACCAACCUCGACUACCGCUACUAUGACACUGGAGACUUGGACGAACUGGCCUUCUGGGAGAGACGCCUCGCAGACAACGAGACCGUCUAUUUCCUGGGCGGCUACGAGGGAGAGCAACAAAACAUGUCGCCCGAAGAGUUUAGCAAGCUGCUGGACUCGCCGGACUCCAUAGACCUGAGUGACCCGGUGCAGCAGCAGGAGGCGGUGGGCGCCCUGGAGGCCAUGACCGACCCCGACUACAACCCUCCCGUCGUCCUCACCAACAAUACUCAAGCCACCAGCGCGAGGCUCCGCUGGUUCAACACGACCGUCACCAACAUCAGGAGAGUAGCUGACCCGGACGACCAACCCGCCUGCAUCAAUAUUGCUGAUGCUUCCAAGUCUUUGGACCUGAUUGGGACGAUGAGCAACCUGAUGGACUCGAACAGGAAGGAGGACUGGAGCCUCUACCUCAACGCCACAGGCAGAGAUGCUCUCAACCUCUGCGACGAUCUUGAGUCUCACUUCGACACCAUCGCUCAGAGUCUACAGUGUAACAAUGUCACCGGGUUCACCGUCAUUGUCACCAAGGACCACGCCAAUCUUCAGAUGGACAAGAUUCCGGUGCAGCAGCUGGCGUCUGCCCGCAAGCCCUUGUCCACUCCCAGCUACCUCAACCCCUCCCAGCUGGCCGACACCUGGGGCAACCGUGCUGAGAAGGUCGAAGUGCCCAACAAGCUCUUCUCUGACCCCCGCUGUAAGACCCGGACCAUCAACGUCGUCUCCACCUUGUACAACAACUACCACAACAUUUUGUCACUACCACUCAACCUUAGUGCAAGGGUGUUCAAUGCUGAGGCCAAGUACAAGCUCCUGUCCCGAGUGAUUGGGGUGACACUGUCCACUGACCCCAUCCUGCUGCCCAGUGGGGUCGCUGACCCCAAGAUCCCCCGCUGUAACCCUGACCCCAGCGUGCUCACCGUGUACCCCAUACUGGUCACACUGCUCCACCUCGAUCCCACCGUCAUCCUCAGGAAAACUCUAUUCCACAAUGAUGAAAACAUCGUAUACCCGUCGAUCCGUCACUGUGUGUGGUGGAACCCGGAGCUGAGCGGCUGGGACAAGAGCGGGUGUCGAGUCUUCACCGGCGCCGACGACUACACCAAGUGUAGCUGUGCCCAGGCCGGCAAGUACGCCAUCCUCGCAGAGGAGGUCGAACCCGCGGUGUUGCCGGCGGAGGCGUCCUGGAUGAGGCUGUUGCGGUACGUCCUGUACGGGGUCUCGGCGCUCUGUCUCCUCCUCUUCAUCCUCGUCGUCGCCUUCUCAGGGGACCUGAAGGAGCAGUUCCACCUGAUGGGGAUGACCCUGGCGGGGACGCUGCUGGUGGCCAGCCUGUUCAUGGUGCUGAGUGACCUGCCCUCCGUCAGGGACGGCAGGCACAUGUGCACGGCCUUCGGCACCGUCCUCCACUUCCUCUACCUCUGUGCCGGGGCCUGGGUGGCCAUGAUUGGCCAUGCUACCUUCAACUGUAUCACAGCAGGUAUCAUCGGAGGUCGCCUGGGGUGCUACGGGUGCCUGAGCGUGGGCAUCACACUGGUCUCCGUGGGUCUGGGCUACACCUUCUUCCUCCAGGACCUGGGCACCGACCCUCGCUGCUUCAUCUCCUUCAACAACUUCCCCAAGUUGCUGUUCUUCAGCCCACAGGUGGCCUUCUGCUGCGUCGGCCUCUUCUGCGGCGUCGUCAUCUUCUUCAACAUGCGCACUGCUUCCCUCAGGAACAACCCGGGCAUAUCAGACUACCGCUCCUUCAGCCUCGGGGCCGCUGUCUUCUCCAUCUACUUCUCCCUGACCUGGGCCGUCGGUACCGUCACCUACCUCCAGCUCGGCCUCAAGGUCGACCUCUAUCCUUUCUUCCAAGUCCUCAACGGCUUGAUGGGCGUGGUGUUGCUGCUGUGUCUGGGCGCUGGCUCCUCUCGCUUCCGGAUGGUCCUCGCCGGCCAGGCCAAGCGAAGGAGGGAGAUGCUGCUGAGCUACGCCCGGAGGGGGAGUGGGGAGGACACCAGACGGUUGGGCUCCCCUGCUGACCAGAGGCGUCUGCCCCCCACCACACCACCACGGCCCCCCACCACACCCGCCGCCCCACCUCAGGCUGGUGAAAGGUCGUGGUCGAACACCUCGCUGAACCUCAACUGAGGCGUCGCCCCUGAGAGCUGUGAGGGACGGUGCAGGAGUCAUCCCCUGCCCCUGAGAGCUGUGAGGGACGGUGCAGGAGUCAUCCCCCGCCCCUGAGAGCUGUGAGGGACGGUGCAGGAGUCAUCCCCCGCCCCUGAGAGCUGUAAGGGACGGUGCAGGAGUCAUCCCCCGCCCCGUGCUCAGGGGUAACCCCUCUAGCACUAACUGACGCAGUCUCCAGCAAGAAACACAACAUUGCAGUUAUAUUCCAUUUACUGCCACCAGAUAAAUAUUGGACUAGGCUUCACUAACAAGAAGACUUUAGGUCCUGUUAAUUAUAAUGAAGACGCCUGUUACUUAUCCAGACAAACAAACAAGGUUGAUGGCACUUCAUACUUGUAUCUCAAAUUGAUGUAUAAUAUUUAGUGUGUUUUUUGUUCAUAUGAUUUGGAGUUUGUUAGUCUUUAAACAUAGAAAACAUUGAAGGGAGACUCAAUUAUAUCUUUAUAUAAGAUAUAUUAUAUAUAAGGACAAGUUGGGUGAUGCUCCAAUUGUAUAAGAACUGUUCUUAUGAUAAUACAUUUCAUUCACUUAGGCACGAAGACUCGAACCGUCUGUCUCUAUCUGUCUCUCAGACAUUGUGCAGCAGUACUCUAGAGUGGAGUACUGCUGCACAAUGACAGCACUUUUCAAAGCUGGAGAAAUUGCUGAC